AUGGAGCCAACGACGAUUCAGAUUUUAGGCCGCGACAGCAUAGUUGCUGAUUUUGGCAUAUGGAGACGCCAUGUUGCCAGAGACCUUGUUCAGACGCUCCCCUCAUCGACAUAUAUCCUCAUCUCUGAUACGAACAUAGCCCCCUUGUACGUUCCGGACUUUGAGAAGGCGUUCGAAGAGGCUGCAGCUGAAAAAUCCCCAAAACCUCGACUGCUCACGUACAAGAUUGCACCCGGAGAGUCGUCGAAGGGCCGUGAAACCAAGGCAGAGAUCGAAGACUGGAUGCUGAGUUGCCAGCCGCCAUGUGGUCGAGACACAGUGCUGAUUGCUCUCGGUGGUGGGGUGAUUGGAGACCUAUCAGGUUUCGUUGCUGCGACUUAUAUGCGUGGCAUUCGAUUUGUACAGGUGCCAACUACACUUUUGGCUAUGGUGGACUCCUCAAUUGGAGGUAAAACCGCCAUUGAUACCCCAAAUGGAAAGAAUCUGAUAGGCUCCAUAUGGCAGCCUGAGAAAAUAUACUUGGAUAUGGAAUUUUUGAACACACUACCGCAACGGGAAUUUACCAAUGGAAUGGCAGAAGUUAUCAAGACUGCUGCAAUUUCAAGCGAAGCAACGUUCGCAGAAUUAGAGGAGAACGCAGACGCCAUUGCCGCAGCACUCAAGACUGAAAAUACUCCAGAGCGCUCUCGUUUCAGUGGAAUCCAGGACAUUCUCAAGAGAACCAUUCUGGCGUCUGCGCGAUUCAAGGCAGAUGUAGUAUCCAAAGACGAAAGGGAAGGCGGACUACGGAAUCUCCUUAACUUUGGACACUCUAUCGGCCACGCCAUCGAGGCUAUACUUGCUCCACAGGUCCUUCAUGGAGAAUGCGUUUCCAUUGGAAUGAUCAAGGAAGUGGAACUCGCGCGAUACUUGGGAAUCCUUAAGGGUGCUGCUGUGGCUCGUCUUGCUAAAUGUCUGACUCGAUAUGGACUACCUACCUCUCUAAAGGAUGCACGAAUUCGACGUUUGAGCGCAGGAAAGAAAUGCCCUGUUGAUAAGCUCAUUGCCUUUAUGGCUGUUGAUAAAAAGAAUGAUGGACCAAUGAAGAAGGUUGUUCUCCUUUCCGCCAUUGGCCGUACACACGAACAGAAGGCGAGUGUUGUUUCCAACGAGCAACUUAAGGUCGUUCUCGCACCCAGUAUCGAAGUUUACCCGGGAAUCCCAAAAUCUCUCCAGGUCACCUGCACUCCUCCAGGAUCCAAGAGCAUUUCCAACAGAGCACUCGUUCUCGCUGCACUUGGGUCGGGAACAUGCCGCAUCAGAAACCUUCUACAUUCUGAUGACACAGAAGUCAUGCUUAAUGCUCUAGAGGCAUUGGGGGCAGCCACUUUUUCAUGGGAGGAAGAGGGCGAAGUCCUCGUCGUCAACGGCAAAGGUGGUAAGCUAGCUGCUAGUGCCCAUGAGUUGUACUUAGGCAAUGCUGGCACAGCAUCAAGAUUCUUGACGACUGUCGCAACACUUUCCAAUGCGAAAGGAGAUGUCUCCCACAAUAUCUUAACUGGCAAUGCCAGGAUGAAGCAACGUCCAAUUGGCGAUUUGGUCGAUGCCCUCAAAGCCAACGGGGUAUCUGUUGAAUACCUCGAACAACAAGGAAGUCUUCCACUGAAGGUUCCUGCAUGUGGCGGAUUCAAGGGUGGAGCGAUAGAACUGGCCGCUAAGGUAUCGUCUCAGUAUGUCUCAUCAUUACUGAUGUGUGCACCUUAUGCAAAGGAAAAGGUCACUCUCAAGCUUGUUGGAGGAAAACCUAUUUCCGAAACCUACAUUGCCAUGACAGCUGCUAUGAUGAAAUCUUUCGGAAUCAAUGUUGAGAAGUCCACAUCUGAAGAAUAUACCUAUCACAUCCAACAGGGCCAAUACAAGAAUCCGCCGGAAUAUGUUAUCGAGAGUGACGCUAGCUCGGCAACAUAUCCUCUCGCCAUUGCUGCCAUGUCGGGAACCACAUGUACUAUUCCUAACAUCGGAUCAAAGUCACUUCAAGGCGAUGCUCGCUUUGCGGUCGACGUAUUGCGUCCUAUGGGCUGCAACGUCAAGCAAACCGACACUUCCACUACCGUUACCGGUCCUGUAAAUGGUGCUUUGAAACCCAUUGUCAAUGUUGACAUGGAACCAAUGACCGACGCCUUUUUAACAGCUUCUGUCCUUGCGGCCGUUGCCAGCGACAAAUCCGGCAACACCACCCGUAUCUAUGGCAUCGCAAAUCAGCGAGUCAAAGAGUGCAACCGCAUUAAAGCAAUGAAGGACGAACUUGCUAAGUUUGGAGUUACCUGCAGAGAGCACGAUGAUGGUAUUGAAAUUGACGGCAUUGACCGUUCGGCGUUGAAGGUACCAGUCAACGGAGUUCACUGUUACGAUGACCAUCGUGUGGCUAUGAGCUUCAGUGUACUAGCAGCAGCAGCCUCCUCCCAACCUACCCUCAUUUUGGAGAAGGAAUGUGUGGGUAAAACAUGGCCUGCAUGGUGGGAUGCUUUGGCCCAAACGUUCAAAGUGACGCUAGAUGGUAAGGAGUUAGCCAAAGAAAACGCCGUUGAAAAUCGCAAAUCCUCGAAGUCUGCUGCAUCUAUAUUCCUCAUUGGCAUGCGUGGUGCAGGCAAGACGACUAGCGGAUACGGUAUUUCCAAGACACUCAACCGUACAUUCAUCGACCUUGACACCGAGCUAGAAAAGGUUGAAGGAAAGCCAAUCCCGGAUAUUAUCAAGGAAAAGGGGUGGGAAGGGUUCCGGGAUGCCGAGCUCGCUUUGAUUCAGCGUGUCAUAGCCGAAAAGCCCGUUGGACACGUCUUCGCCUGUGGCGGUGGAAUUGUUGAAACCAAAGAAGCCCGCGAUCUCCUUAUCAAUUACCAUAAAACCAAAGGAAAUGUAUUCCUUAUCAUGCGCAACAUCAAGAAGGUUAUCGAGUAUCUUGAGAUGGACAAGACUCGCCCCGCAUACAUUGAAGACAUGAUGGGCGUCUGGCUUCGUCGAGAACCGUGGUAUCAAGAAUGCAGCAAUCUCGAGUAUUAUAGCCAUCAUUCAAAACCAAGCGAACUGGAUGCGGCAAUGCAAGGCUUCACGAGGUUUUUGAAUGUCGUUAUGGGCAAUACAGAUCACCUUGAGUUGUUGAAAAAGAGGGAUCAUUCUUUCUUUGUGUCCUUGACGCUUCCAGAUCUUCAGCCAUGUGGAAAUAUUCUCCAAGCAGCUUCCUUCGGGUCUGAUGCUGUGGAGUUAAGAGUUGACCUACUCAAGGACCCUUCGUCGACCUCAGGCAUUCCUUCCGUCAAUUAUGUUGCAGAGCAAAUAUCCUUCCUCCGGAGCCAGGUAUCCCUACCGCUUAUCUUCACCAUUCGCACCAAGGCGCAGGGUGGGUUGUUCCCUGACAAUGCCUUUGACGAAGCCUUGGGGCUCUACAAGCUUGCCAUUCGUAUGGGAUCCGAAUUUAUUGACCUGGAAAUCUCAUUUCCAGAUAACCUACUUCAUGUAGUGACUGAGAUGAAAGGGUUCUCUAAAAUCAUUGCCUCCCAUCACGAUGUCAACGGCCAGCUCUCGUGGUCUAACGGAUCCUGGAUUCAAUAUUACAACAAGGCUCUACAACAUGGUGAUGUAAUCAAGCUUAUUGGGGUUGCUAAAUCUCUCGACGAUAAUUUGUCUCUGAAACAAUUUAAAUCUUGGGCAGAGAAGUCCUACCCCGUUCCAAUUAUCGCCAUAAAUAUGGGCGACAAAGGCCGUCUUAGCCGCAUCCUAAACGGGUUCAUGACUCCAGUGUCCCAUCCAGCUCUUCCGUUCAAAGCUGCACCAGGGCAAAUCUCCGCGAAAGAAAUCCGACAAGCUUUGACACUCAUGGGUGAACUAGACGCUAAGAAGUUUGCCCUUUUUGGUAAACCCAUCUCAGCUUCAAGAUCCCCUGCUUUGCAUAAUACCUUGUUCGCACAGGCUGGCUUCCCACACGAAUACGGUCGCCUGGAGACAGACGAUGUCGGUGAUGUCAAGGAAUUCAUCCGCUCGGAAGAGUUUGGGGGUGCGUCAGUAACCAUUCCGUUGAAGGAACACAUCAUGGAACUGCUUGAUGAAAUUUCUCCUGAAGCCAAGAUCAUAGGUGCCGUCAAUACCAUUGUUCCUGCUUUUGAAGAGGGUAAAAAGAGUCGGAAGUUAGUUGGAUUUAAUACCGACUGGCAAGGUAUGGCCCGGUGCUUAAAGGAUGCAGGAGCGAUGUAUUUGAAGAAGGGAGAAUCUGCUCUUAUUAUUGGCAGUGGUGGAACCGCCCGGGCCGCUAUCUACUCACUUCAUAGCAUGGGAUAUUCCCCCAUCUAUCUUGUUGGAAGGACACCUGCGAAUCUGGCUAAACUCGGUUCCAGCUUCCCAGCUGGAUAUAACGUCCAGGUUGUUGAAGAUAUCAAAUCAGUAAAGAUUGCCCCCAAGGUAGCAAUCAGCACCAUACCCGGUGACCAGGAAAUUGUCAACCCUUUGCGAGACUUGAUUACCCUUAUCAUGAACAAGGGUCAAGAAGAUUCCGCGGAGUGCAUUAUACUGGAUAUGGCUUACAAGCCUGAUGUAACAGCCGUUGCGCAGCUAGCAUCGCCUGCUGGUUGGAAAAUUGUUAAGGGACUGGAAGUUCUCGUUGCCCAAGGAGUCUAUCAGUUCGAGCACUGGACCGGCUUGACGCCUGUUUAUGAAGAUGCACGAGCUGCCGUUAUGAACAACUAA